AUGGCUCUUGAUGGCGACGGGGGCAGCUUCUUCUCCACAGACUUCACCUCCAUCACGAAGGAGGAUGAGGAUAGCGGAGCUGCCCACUGGCUCUCCUUGUUGGAUGACACUACUGCAGCAAGCAGAUGGGUCAUUUCAUUCUCCGACGAAUUCAGACGUAAAAGACCCAAAAUUGAAACUGAAUCAACCCCAACUGAAGAUGGUAGUGGAAACAGUAGCAACAAUAGCAGGAGUCUCAGCCGCAGCGACAGUUGUGAUAGCUUGAGUACUGGCUUCCGUGCCCAUAUAUGGACUUACAAUCAGCGUUAUUUGGCAGCGGAAGCCGUGGAGGAAGCUGCUGCUGCCAUCAUUAAUGCAGAGGAGAGUGCGGCAGAGGAGGAUGCUAGUGCUGAUGGGAUGAGGCUUUUACAGCUUCUUGUUGCCUGUGCUGAGGCUGUGGCUUGUCGCGAUAGGUCUCAUGCUUCAAUUCUUCUAUCCGAGCUUCGAGCCAACGCUUUGGUAUUUGGCUCUUCCUUCCAAAGAGUGGCUUCUUGUUUUGUCCAAGGACUGGCCGACCGCCUUGCUUUGGUUCAGCCACUUGGCUAUGUUGGCUUUGGUUUGCCCAUCAUGAGCAGAGUGGAUCACUCGUCUGACAGGAAGAAAAAGGAUGAGGCUCUAAAUCUUGCUUAUGAGAUUUACCCACAUAUCCAAUUUGGGCAUUUUGUGGCCAAUUCAUCAAUAUUGGAAGUCUUUGAGGGAGAGAAUUCUGUCCAUGUGUUGGAUUUGGGAAUGGCGUUUGGUUUGCCAUAUGGCCAUCAAUGGCACAGCCUCAUUGAGAGCCUUGCUGAGUCUUCGAACCGGCGACUGCUCCGAGUCACUGGCAUUGGCCUCUCUGUAAAUAGAUACAGAGUGAUGGGGGAGAAGUUGAAAGCUCACGCAGAAGGGGUUGGGGUUCAAGUGGAGGUUUUAGCUGUAGAGGGAAAUUUAGAAAAUCUUCGACCUCAAGACAUAAAACUUCACGAUGGUGAAGCUUUGGUCAUCACCAGCAUUUUUCAGAUGCAUUGUGUGGUCAAAGAAAGCAGAGGAGCUCUAACCUCUGUACUUCGCAUGAUUUAUGACCUUUCCCCCAAGGCUUUGGUUCUAGUGGAGCAAGAUUCAAAUCACAAUGGACCCUUUUUCUUAGGGAGAUUCAUGGAAGCUCUUCACUAUUAUUCUGCCAUAUUUGAUUCCUUGGAUGCCAUGUUGCCGAAAUAUGACACCAGAAGAGCAAAGAUUGAGCAGUUCUAUUUUGCUGAGGAGAUAAAGAACAUAGUGAGCUGCGAGGGGAUGGCGAGGGUUGAGAGGCAUGAGAGAGUGGAUCAAUGGCGGAGGAGGAUGAGCAGAGCAGGUUUUCAAGCUUCGCCCAUUAAAGUAAUGGCUCAGGCAAAGCAGUGGAUUGGGAAGUUUAAGGCUAAUGAAGGUUACACUAUUGUGGAAGAAAAGGGGUGUUUGGUUCUUGGUUGGAAGUCCAAGCCCAUUGUUGCAUCCUCCUGCUGGAAGUGCUAA